AUGACAUCCCCGAAUCCCAACAAACAACCUACCAGCCCCCAGAAGCUGAACCUAGCAGCCUGCAUCCAAGAGAUAGUGAAGAGGAAGAGGGAGGACAACCCUGCUCUCGACCUGGAAACCAGGAUAGUAGCAUCUCAGGACAACAAGGGAUCCUUGUUUCAGGACCCCCUCCUGACCAUGAAGAUGAAGAUCUCUCAGAGGACUUCUUCUGCCAGUCCUCCUCCCCCUCUACCACCUCCCAAACCCAUGGGAUUGCUGACAAUGCCAGGGACUCUCUCGAUGCCCCUCAGAUGGCUUGGUGACCCAGCAACAGAACUCCUUGAAGUCAGCCUGCUAGCUCCCACCUCUCCAUCAGAGCCAGCUCAGGGAUGGGCAGCCCCUCCCUCAACAAUAAAGAGCAGCGACAAUGAGAGGAGUAAAGGCAGUGGAAUGAGCUGCAGUCAGUACAUUCAGAGCCAGAAGACCAGCAUGAGCAGCAGAGGAGAGAGGCCAUGCAGUAUGAUGAGUGCUAUAAAGACAGGCAGCGAGAGGUGGAAAGGACUUGACUGGCAAGGGCAGACAUCAGUAAUUGGUAUGGACUCCACCCCGAGGUCGCCAGUGUCCUCGCACCCAUACAAGCUGACCUCUUGGCCCCAGCCAACAUCUUCAGGGAGCCCAGUACCCCAAGCAGUGGAGUUCUGGAGCAUUGGGCCAAUGGCACAAGAACCUGACAACAUGGGAGCCCCCUGA